AUGAACAACUUCCCUUCUCCGCAAAUCUCGUCCCAAUUCACUUCAUCUUCUCAGACCUCUCCCCCAUCGACCUCCGUCUCCCUCUCUGCCCGCCUCCAACAACGGCGCGGAACCCGGCCUCGCAGCGCCAAGAUCGGACGUGGGGACCGUCUUCGGACUAUCCGCAAGUCAGCCGAGCCGCGCGAUGCCAAAUACAGGCAGGCCGAGUCCAAACUGCCACUUGUGCCGGAGCCGAAGGGUCAAGGCCGACCUCAGUGCGAAAGAUGCAUCAAGUACGGGGUCCAGUGCCCCGGCUACCGCGACGAUGAUGGAAUGCGCUUUCAGAACGCCGAUCCCACCUCGUUUGAGCGACGGAAGAAGAAGAGGAACCACCAGCACCAAGACCAGGACGAUGAGGCGGCGUUGAUAACCAACUCAAGGACCGGGACCCUACAGAUCAUAGAAUUCACACCUGAAUUAUCGACAGCGGCAUCGAUCUCAACCUCGGCGUCCCCUGGGUCGAGCCGCCAACCGAGCCGGCAGUCCACACCUGCCACGAGCGUCACCACUGACACCACUACCUCGACGCAGCUAUCCGUAGCACUUCCCGUGCUCAAGACUAUCCGUCAACACUGGACUGCCGAAUCCAUCCCGCUGGUCCUGGGAUUCUACGAGAGCCUGGACUUUCUUCCAGGCUUGUUCAGGGGUGCCGGCCAAAACCACUGCCUCGUGCUCACCGGCCAGGUCUUUACCAGGGCCUACAUGAUUAACAAGUUCCGUCCCAGGGCCGACUAUCACGAGCUGUCCAUCGUUCUCGGCCAUGCUUUGGCCGCGGUACAGGAGGCUAUCAGAAACCCGAAGACGUAUACUUCUGAUUCAACGAUCGUUGCGGUUUGGUUGCUUGGGAACUAUGAGCUGAUGAUUGGCGGGUUGGAACGGAGAUCGUUCAUUACCAAUAAAGAAAGGGGUUCGUCGCCCGAAGUUCCCUGGCACAUCCACGGCCAGGGCCUCCUCAGCCUCAUGCGGGCAAGGGGGGACCGGCAGCUCUACACCCGGUCCGGCCGUCAAAUCUUCUGGGUCAUGCACAAUAUGAUUCAAGUCCAACUCACGAUUGCAAACACACCUUGUCCCCCGGACUUUGAACGCUGGCUCGACAUCAUCGAAGCAACCCUCCAACCCAGCGAAGGCCUCCUUCUUCACACUGCCCGCUACCUCUCUGCAGCAUGCUCUCUUCUAUCAAAACUGAUCCCGCUAACACUCAGCGGCGAUGCCUCUCGCGCCCGGGCAGCAUACCCGGCCCUCAUUGCUGAGAGCGACCGGGCAGACCUCGCCAUGGCGGAGUGGAUGCACGCGGCGCCCGAGUUCCAAUUCGAACCGGGGCCGAUGUGGGGCUACUUCUGGAACUCGUGGCGGAGCGCAAGGAUCAAGGUGCACCACAUGAUCAUUCUUAUUUCGAAUCUCGUCGAGUAUGGUGAGCCGUCGCUGGUCCCGGAAGAUUACGACGUAGACUGUGGUGGGUGUCCGUUGUUGAACCCGGAAGUCCUUCACGCCCGCCGGGAAUUCUGCGUGGGCAUCAUCGCGACGGCCGGUCGGGAUGUCGUGGAGGGGAUACCGAGGUCGUUGGGCGGGAAAAUGCCGGACCUAGACCCGGAUUUGCCCUCGUCGUAUUUCGAUGGCGUGAGGUUGAUUUGGCCGCUGAGCCACCUGUACAUUCUCCCCACGGCGCCGCGGCACCUGCGAAUCGUGGCAAGGGAUGCGUUGUUGAGAAUCGCCAAGGAGAAGGGGAUCUUGACGGCGUUGAAGCCGAGGGCGGGCGGGAUGCUGUUCCCGGAGGCGGCGUUGAGGGGCAUCCCGGUGGAUAAUCUGGAGGAUGUUAUUGAGGGCGGCGGAGGGGUGCAUCAGAUUGCGACCAAAGUUGAGGCGCAGGACUGA